AUGAUCACGUUUAUAGAAGCGUUUUCCCUCUCGCUUUUCAUGAGCACAUGGCAAUUCUACGAUAAGUUAAUAAGCCCUAAUACUUUAUACCACAAUGGAAGUGAACUUAACAACACAUACGAUAAGAAUUUUGGACGAAUAUUGAAUGAAAGAAGAAUAAAGAAUACUGAUUUAAAAGAAAGAAUAAAAACAUUUCUAGAUGAAGAUGAUAACACUGUUGCAGAAAAACUAAAUGCACUAGUCAAUGAUGAAGAAUUCAGAAAACAGAUGAAUGUGUUCAUACGGGAAGACUUCUCUCAAGAAGGGUGUAACGAGUUCAUUCCAGACAAGCCUUCUAAAGAACAUUUUAACAUAUUAAAUAGGAAUAAUAAUUUGGAGAAGAACCCUUUUCUCAUCUCACCAAACACAAAUCACAAUAAUCAGGAUUAUUCUGAUCCCUUCAAAUUUUGUAACAAUUUGGAAGAAUUUUUUGAUCAAUUAAAAAUUCAAAAGGAUAGAGAAGAAGAACAAUUUGAAGAAUUAAAACAUGAUCAAGAAUAUAAAAAGAAGCGAAAUACUAUAAAAGGCAAAGUUGAUUCUAAUGAGAAGCUAACAGAGGAGUUAAAAGGCAAUGUUUAUUAUACAACGAAACCACUUCAUGAAGUGGAAUAUGAUAGUGUCUUUACCUUAGCACAUAAUGAACAUUUAGAAGAAUCUCCUGACUAUUAUACGAAUAAUAGAAUAGUAAAGCCACAAUAUGCAUCAGUUUCAUCUACCAUCGCAAGAAAGGAAAAUUCAGCACAUGAAUUAGAUUUGCUAAAUUCUAGAAAUGACAUUUCAUAUUGUAAUAGCCGCUAUGUGUGUAGACGCCCACGUGGGCACAGACAAUUUUUAUCAUCUUCACAAAAAUAUAAAUCAUUAAUUCCAUCUAGUCCUACAUCAUUCGGCGUCUUUUCUGGAAUGGCAAUUUGUUCAGCAUUUAAUCCUGUGAGCGCUUUUUUGUUCCCAGUAUUUUCCUCAUUAGCAUUAGUUUCAUUCUUAGGGUAUUUUCAGAAGAGGUCACGUAAUUUCCUUAAAAGCAAUAAAUUCUCAUUUAGGAAUAUAGAAUACCAUCGUGGUUACGUAAAACCUAUAAGGUAUACUCACUAA